UCCCCUUCCAGGAGGAAGAGGAGGAGGAGGAGGAGGAAGAUGGGAAGGCGCUCCACCAAGCGGGCACCGGCUGCCGAGGCUGAGGCGCUGGGCCCCCCCUAAGCCCACCCCAUUGGGAGCCAAAGGCAAGACCCGACCCGACAGGCCAGCAGCCAUGGGGUCUGUUGGGGGAGACCACUUCAAAGACAUCAGCCCCAUGGUGACGCCGGAGGGCAACGUGGUGAUGAGCUUCAGCUUCGACAGUUACCAGCUGGAAGAGGAAGAACUCCAGGCGAAAGCGUGCCAGGCCAAGGGGGUCCUCACCUUCAUGGAACCAGCCUGUGAAGACCCCGAACCGCAGGACCGCUACCAUGGCAUUUACUUUGCAAUGCUGCUGGCAGGAGUUGGCUUCCUCUUGCCUUACAAUAGCUUCAUCACAGAUGUGGACUACCUUCAUCACAAGUACCCAGGGACUUCUAUUGUGUUUGACAUGAGCCUUACCUACAUUUUGGUAGCCUUGGUAGCCGUCAUCCUCAACAAUGCUCUGGUGGAAAUGCUGAGUCUCCACACCAGGAUCGCCGUGGGGUACCUGUUUGCUCUUGGUCCGCUUCUCUUUGUUAGCAUCUGUGACGUCUGGCUGGAGCUUUUCUCCCAGCGGCAUGCCUACGCCGUCAACCUCAUCGCGGUGGGUGUGGUGGCCUUUGGUUGCACAGUGCAGCAAUCCAGCUUCUAUGGCUACACCGGGAUGUUACCAAAGCGAUAUACCCAAGGCGUCAUGACCGGUGAAAGUACUGCCGGAGUGAUCAUCUCCCUGAGCCGCAUCUUCACCAAACUCCUGCUGUCGGACGAGAAGGAGAACACCAUCAUCUUCUUCUUCAUCUCCAUCAGCCUCGAGCUCACCUGCUUCAUCCUCCACCUCUUGGUCAAGCGGACACAGUUUGUGAAGUAUUACACGGCCCACUCCAAGGAUGGCGUGCUCAAAGGGGCCGUGGACCAAGGCACUGGAUACCGGGUUCACCACGAUGUCACGGCAGAAGGCAUCCGAUUCGAGAAUCGGCUGCACGGGCAAGAGUGUUCCCCUCCGGACCCCUUUGGGCAGGAAGGCGAGUUGGCCGGCAGUGGGACCUACGUGAGAUUUGACGUCCCUCAGCCUAAAAUCAAAAAGAGCUGGCCCGGUUUCAGAGAUAUGAUGCUCCACCGCUAUAUCGUCUCUCGGGUGAUCUGGGCGUACAUGCUCUCCAUCGCGAUGACGUACUUCAUCACCCUCUGCCUCUUUCCGGGACUGGAAUCGGAAAUCCGGAACUGCACCCUCGGGGAGUGGCUCCCCAUCCUUAUCAUGGCCAUCUUCAACCUCUCCGACUUCGUGGGCAAGAUCUUGGCAGCCUUGCCGUACGACUGGAAAGGCACGCACCUGCUCAUCUACUCCUGCCUGAGGGUGGUCUUCAUCCCGCUGUUCAUCAUGUGCGUCUACCCCAACGGGAAGCCCUCCUUUAGCCACCCGGCCUGGCCCUGCAUCUUCUCCCUCCUCAUGGGAAUCACCAACGGAUACUUCGGCAGCGUCCCCAUGAUCCUGGCAGCUGGAAAAGUCACCCCCGAACAGCGGGAACUGGCAGGUAACACCAUGACGGUGUCUUACAUGACGGGGCUGACCCUGGGCUCGGCCGUGGCCUACUUCGCCUACAGCCUCACCAGUAUGUCCCACAGUACCUGCUUCCACACGGAAACCUACAACGGCUCCAUCACCGCAGGAUACUGAGCUGCGUCCAGGCAAGUUGGGGAGAGAUGGCCGGUGGGAGGAAGAUCGGAGCGGACCUCGCGACGUUGCCUUUCCCUAGGAGCACAUCCACUCCACUUGGACUUUGGUGCAAAAUAGCCAAACGAUGCUCUCACCCUCACACCCAGCCACCGGUUUCACGUGGAGGAGCAACCCAUGGGGAUGGAGGCUCUCCGCAAGGCUCUCGAAUGCUUCCCAUUCAUUUCAGCGGCAUUUUGCAUGGGAUCAUGUUCCCAUGGCAGUUUCUCCCACGUGGCUGUUGUUAAUGGCAUCCAGGUGCACUGUGCUGCCGGUAGCAAUCUUCUUCCUUUCCUUGGGAUAGCAGAGCUACCUUGUGUGUCCUCCAUGUUGCUUGGUUUUCAAAAAAAUGGGAGAAAAGAUACCCAAAUGCUCUUUCACACACACUACUUGCCUUGACCCAUUCCUGCGCAAGAGUAUUUGGAGAGUAGAUGCAAAACAAGGCAGGAUGUAGACCGGCGGAGUCGGAGUCGCUUGGAAAAGUGUCCAAAUAAGAAAAUGUCCGGCCCAGAAACUUGCCUCCAAACAAGGAAGUCCAGAUGAGAUUAUUCCAAGGUGUAUUUGACAAAAGAGAGUAAGGCCACAGCUGGGAAAAGGGAACUUCUCUGGCCAACUCCCUUGGAGAUUCUGGGAAUUGUCCUGAAAAGUAAGCGGCAAGAGGUCCACUCCCAACGUCUUCUCCAUACAGCGUCCUUCCCCUGAAGCUAGUCCGACUCUGUUGGUUUUCUCAUUUCUGUGCCAAGUUCCUGUAAAUCAAAGGGAUGCACCUAAUUACGGGUUGUUGUAGGUUUUUCGGGCUAUAGGGCCAUGUUCUAGAAGCAUUCUCUCCUGACAUUUCGCCUUCAUCUAUGGCAAGCACCUAAUUAUGCAUUAAUGGAGGAGAGCAAAAGCUGAUUGCUUAAUAUAACUUCUACAUCUUAAAGGAUAUGGUUGAGAAUCUCUUAAUUAUGAUUUCCACUGCUUUAGAUUUCCAAGUGAGAGGGCUGCAAGGGAGAUACAUAUUGGGUUGUUGUAGGUUUUUCCGGGCUAUAUGGCCAUGUUCUGGAGGCAGUUUUUCUCCUGACGUUUCGCCUGCAUCUAUGGCAAGCAUCCUCAGAGGUUGUGAGGUCUGUUGGAAGUAGGAAAAAUGGGUUUAUAUAUCUGUGGAAUGACCAGGGUGGGACAAAGGACUUUUGUCUGCUGGGGCUAGAUGUGAAUGUUUCAGCUGAUCACCUUGAUUAGCAUUCAAUGGCUUGGAAGUCCCUGGGGGGAAUCUUUUGUUGAGAGUGAUUCACAGCUAGCCCCAGCAGACAAAAGUACUUUCUUACCCUGGAACUAGGAAAAUGGGUUUAUAUAUCUGUGGAAUGACCAGGGUGGG